GCGCUCAUGGCGGCUGCGGGAAGGGCGCGCGCAGUCCUGAAGCGCCUCAGUUUGUGAACGCGAGAAGAAAAUAAACGUCACAAUGCGGCGGGGAUAAACCAGACAACCUCCGGAUUUAUAUUUUAAAUAAUGUUUGCAGAGGCCAGUCUGUCCGUCUGGGGAUGGGGGGGUCUGGGAGUUGUGCUCUUCCUCAUCUCAUUUGGACCCUUUGCCAUCUUUUAUCUGGCCUUCUACAUCCUCUGUUUCAUUGGCGGGGGAUUUGUAGUGCUGCUUUUAUUUGGAAAGACAAACUCUGAGAAACACCUGGAAAGGUGUGAACACUCCUACCUGCCACCUACACAAGCGGGUAUAAUGAAGGUUUUAGAAGAGAUGAAAUGUGAGUCCAAACCCAUAAAGAUCGACCGGCGUUUGACAGGAUCCAACAUCAUAGAUGAACCGCUGCAGCAGGUGAUCCAGUUUGCUUUGAGGGACUAUAUCCAGUACUGGUACUACACUCUGAGCGAUGAUGAGACUUUCCUCCUAGAGAUCCGACAGACAGUUCAGAACGCCCUCGUAGAGUUCUCCACCAGGUCUAAAGAAGUGGACUGGCAGCCGUAUUUCACCACCAGACUGGUGGAUGAUUUUGCAACCCAUCUGCGAGUUUUCAGAAAAGCUCAGGAGAGACUGAACGAGAGAGAAGAUCCUAAACAACGUGAUGCUCCAGACGAGUUGCUGGACUCGUUUUUUGAGGCGGAGGUAGAAAUGGAGAGGAAGAUCUGUAGAGACAUGGUGUGCACGUCCCGUAAAGAUGAAGAAGGUUACCUGCGGGAUCUCUGUGAAGUGCUGCUUUAUCUGUUACUACCUCCUGGAGAUUUCCACAACAAGAACAUGAGAUACUUCCUCAGGGAAGUAUUAGCCAGAGGAGUUCUUCUGCCAUUAAUUAACCAGUUGAGUGACCCGGAUUACAUCAACCAGUUCAUUAUCUGGAUGAUACGUGACUCAAGCUGUGACUACGAGGCCUUCCUGAACAUCUUAAAGUUGACAGACAAACCGGCCGAGCUGGAGGCCGUCAAAGACAAAGUCCUGGAAGAGCUUCAGUUUUUGCGAUCUCUGGACACAGCUGGAGACCAUAUCAGCGUAAUAAAGAAUCAAAUGAACAGUUUGCUUUUUGUGAAGAAAGUCUGUGAAACAAGAAUACAAAGGCUACAAUCAGGAAAGGAAGUCGACACUUUAAAACUUGCUGCUAAUUUUGGGAAGUUGUGCGUGAUUCCGUUGGAACAUAUCCUAGUGCAUAACAUCGCACUCCAGUUCUUCAUGGACUACAUGCAGCACAUGGGUGGACAGGCGGUUCUGUUCUUCUGGCUGACGGUGGAGGGCUAUCGGGUCACAGCACAGCAGCAGCUGGAGGUGUUACAGAGCAGCCAGAGAGAUGGAAAAAACCAGAGCAGCCAGACAACCAAAGGGCUACUGAGAGCCGCCGCACUGGGCGUCUAUGACCAGUACCUGUCUGAGAAGGCCUCUCCCAGAGUGCAGGUGGACGAAACGUCUGCUGCCAGAUUGGAACAAAAACUCAGCAAAGAGGAUCCCACACCUGAGAUAUUCGAUGAGAUCCAGAGAAAGAUGUAUGAUCUGAUGUUGAAGGAUGAGAGGUAUUAUCCGUCUUUUAAGCAGCACCCGCUGUAUGUACGGAUGCUGGCUGAGCUGGACAUGCUCAAGGAACCCAGUUACAGGGGUUCUGAGGAUGGGGACUUAGAGUCUUUCAAUGGCUCUCCAACAGGAAGCAUUAAUUUAUCAUUAGAUGAUCUCAGCAGCGGGAGUGUGGAUGAAUCUGCUCAGCUUCAUGCGUUUAUCUCUGAUACAGGCGUUUGUAAUGAUCACGGGAAGACCUACGCCCUCUACACCAUUACUGUCAUCCGCAAGAACUCAGACGGCAGCGAGGACAUCUGGAAGACAUACCGUCGCUACAGCGAUUUUCAUGACUUCCACAUGCGCAUCACGGAGCAGUUUGAGAGCCUGGCGGCAAUUCUCAAGCUUCCUGGGAAAAAGACCUUCAACAACAUGGACAGAGAGUUCUUGGAGAAAAGAAAGAAGGAUCUGAACUCGUAUCUACAACUGCUGCUAAAUCCAGAGAUGAUGAAGGCCUGUUCCAUGCUCAUACCAUACGUCUAUGACUUCCUGGAAAACAAAGCGUACAGCAAAGGCAAAGGAGACUUUGCACGCAAGAUGGACACGUUUGUGAAUCCUCUCCGGAGCUCCAUGCGGAAUGUGUCCAAUGCCGUGAAGUCACUGCCGGACAGCCUGGCCGAGGGAGUGUCCAAAGUCUCGGCGGACAUGGGCCGUGUGUCCGAGAAACUUGGCCAGGACAUUAAACAAUCCAUAUUUAAGGUGCCUCCUUUAAUCUCAAAGUCAGAUAUUGAUCCUGAACACUGCCGUGUCUCUGCCCAGCUCGAUGACAAUGUGGAUGAUAAUAUUCCUCUGAGGGUGAUGUUGCUAUUGAUGGAUGAAGUAUUUGACUUGAAGGAGAGAAAUCAGUGGCUGAGAAGAAACAUAAAAAACCUGCUACAGCAGCUCAUCAGAGCCACGUAUGGAGACACCAUUAACAGGAAAAUCGUGGAGCACGUCGACUACAUGACCUCACCAGAGCAGGUGUCUGACUAUGUGAAGAGAUUCAGAGACUCAUAUUGGCCGAACGGCAUCCUUGCUGAAACUCCGCCCCGCCGGGACAAAAGCACCCGCAUGAGGACAAGAGUCGCCGCCAAAACCACACUACUGGGCAUCAUGCCAGACGAACUCAAGCACAUCAUCGGUGCGGACACGACACGGAAGGGCAUCCUGCGAGUCUUCGACAUGUUCCAGCACCAGCCGAUGAACCGACGGCUCGUCUACGUCUUUCUGGAGGGCAUCCUGGAAACCCUGUUUCCGCAGUACAAGUUUCCCGAGCUGUUCCAGAAGCUUCACUCUCGCUCGCCGCGCGUUCUCAAAUACUCAAAGAAAAUACGCAGUUUGCAGAUGAGGUGACAGACGGACACUUUUCCCACCGGAAGCCACCUCGCCGCUGCAGGGGGGGAGGAGUCAGUACCCGCCCACUGCCGUAGUGGCAACCGAGCAGGGGACAGGGGAGGGUGUGCGUGAUUUGAGCCUGGUUCUCUGUAUCGCAAUGAAUUUUUUGACAUUUGAUGCUUGAACACAGCCCAAUCCCCCUGACCCCAGUCCCUUAGUGCAUCCUGUCUGUUUCUGAUAAAAGCACUGUAUCGACACGGCCGUAGCAUAGAGGACUCGUUUUAUCAUCGUGAAGCGUUCGGUCAAACACAGUCACCUCGGAACCACUGCGAAAGACUGCGGCGCCUGAAUUGCGCUGUUUAUUCUCUAAGUUUGCCGUUUGGUUUGCUUUUUAUGAUCUGAUUUUUGAAUGACUGUGUAAAUAAGAUUUCUGUGAAUGAAAACCUUUUUAUUUUUGGUUUAUUUUGGAUUUAUUUUGUUUGGCAGUGGUCAAACCCACCUCAACGUAAACACUGUAUGGUGAAGGAGAUUCGACCGAACCAACCUAUGCACCUUAAUGUAAAACUCUCAUCGUAACUAAGAAUAAGAGGCCAUAUGGGAACGAUCAGCAGCAUCAUGUAUUAAGUUAUUCAUUUACAAACCUUUUGUGGCACUGAAAUGCGUGAUGUGUGUGAUUUAAAAACACAAAAGGUGCAACGUCCUACCAACCAAUCGGUUGCAUGGAGUGGGUGGGUUUAAUACAGGCCACACCCCUCACUGAGUGGCAGCCCCAUGCUUACAGUUCUAAAUUGACUUAAUUAUCUAAAGCUCCACCAAGCAAAUCAGUCAUCAAAUAGGGACGACGAUGUGAAAGACCCCGUCGCAAAAGAACAAUUAUUUGCAUGGCUGUCUCGGACAUUUGGGUGACUACAGGGGAUAUGCUUUAAAGAAUGUACCUGUCUUUAGUGAGUUAAUGUUUGUGUGUAUCCUGUUUUUAUAACUCAAUUCAGUGGAGGGUUGUAUAUGUGAUUUUUUUUUUUUUAAUACUUUAUUUUAAAAUAGCAAGUGUAGCACUAAAUCACAACUGUCCGAAGACUGUUUCAGUGCGAGAUAUAGAUUUAGCCUUAAUUCUAAGACCAGGAGACGUGUGUUUUAGACGUAGCUUUCCCUUCUAACUCUCACACAUACACACAUGUACAUGGCCUCAUAUGCACACAAAAAAAAUAUUGACAGUUGUCAAAAUAUUCUGACAUUCAAUCAGAUUAUGUAAAUUGAUUUUUGUGCAAUAGUUUUCUUUAAUGCAUGUUUAUGUAACUAUAGUGAAUAGCGUUCGAACUACAUUUGAAUAUUUCAAAACCGAAAACUCCAAAAUCACACGAAACUCUUCUACUCGUUAACCACUGAACAUUCCGUUGUUGUAAAUGGCUUAUUUUAAGGACUUGUUUUAUAAGUCUGGCUUUUAUGUUUAUUUUGGGGAUGUCUGUUUUUAAGGUUUCGUCACUCCUGGUAAAUAUACCAUUUCCUCGACUAUGGAUUAUGACACGUUUUCCUUUUAGGAACAUUUGAUGGCAUAUUCUAGAUUAAAAGGCUCCUCAAUACUUGCAAAAACGUGAAAGAUACUGCAGUGUGUUGCUUCUGCCAGUGUCAGAGUGCACAUGGCGUUAGACAACACUCUUUCUUACUGUUAAACUCCCUCCAAUCACACUUGUUAUAAUAUAUCCACACUUAACACGUGUCCGAGUCCUACUUCACCCCAUAAUCAAAAGAAAAUAAUAUGAACUAUUUCGCAUUUGAAGCCUGUUUUUAAGUCUAUUUUUUUAGAUUUGUUGCAUUGUGAUAUUACUUGAAUGACAAAUAAUGCAAACAAAUCUCAUUCUCAUAAAUUAAAAUCAGUUAAACGAUACUACCUUAUAUAUUAAAUAUAAUAAGUAUAUUUCUUUUUCGCAUUACAGUAAGGAGAAUUUGGAGGGAAAUUACCUGAUAGGAGUGUUCUGGGUUUAAUACAAGAUAAGCUUGCAUCGACAGCAUUUGUGGCAUAAUGUUGAUUACCACAAAAAUAGAGACUUGACCCUUUUUUGUUCUAUAAAACUAAAAAUCAGUAACUGUAAAGGUCCAGGCAUACUUCGUUUUUGCGCUUUCCGGAUCGGCUCGCGGCUCGUCGACCGUGUUGCCUUUGUUUUGUAUAGUGACUGAGUGAAUACGAACACGUUUGACACAUGUCCAUUACAACUCCUUUGCGAUACUCUUUUAGUAGUCAAAAGCAAGCGCAUGCGUCAGCGACACGCACAGUGGAAGACCACGUGCACGGGUCAAGAAAAUCUAGACGGCGCGCGGUCAUGCCACACGGCUGUGCUGAUGACACAGUUUGUGUCACACAUACUGUGCGCAGAGCGAUCCGCAACGCGGACACCUGAAGUGUACUUUGACCUUCAUUUACAAUGGAAGUGAAUGGGGGCAAUCUGUAAACAUUAAAAUACUCACUGUUUCAAAAUUAUAGCCACAAGAUGUAAAAACAUUAUACGUUAAAACUAUUUUAGUGUGAAAAUUGCUUGCAAAUCUUAUCAGUGUACAGUCAUCCGAUAUUAAAACUUGGUUGCUAUGACGACAGAACUUGGUACCCCGUUUAUCACACUAAAAUCAUGUUAACACACAUAAUGUUUACAUUUUGUGGCUGUACUUCUGAAACCCUGAGUAUUUUAAUGUUUACGGCUUGGCCUCAUUCACUUCCAUUGUAAGUGUCUCACUGGAACUGUGAUUAUUUUUUUAUUUUUUUCACGAACGAGGGACAAGUCAAAAUUAUUGUCUGUGGUAAUCAACAUUAUGCUCCUAAUGCUGUCGAUCGAGCUUAACUUGUAUUGAACAUGAAACACUCUUUUAAUUGUCAUGAAAAUAUUGUCACAAUUCCAAAAAUGGUGAUGGUCCUAAAAUAAGCUUCAAUUUCUUUAUUUUGGUUUUGAGUGAAAUAUGACCCGAGCGUUUUCUUGACAGGUUUUGGGAGAUUGGCCUACUUUGUCAGCUCUGAGACCUGGUUCAGAUCAGUCAAAAUUGAUGCCAGUGCAAAUAGACAAGAACUAAUUGUUUUGUUUGUUUUUUAAUGAAAAAUUGCACUUUUUGAACAUAGUUUCUGUUUGCUCUUAUUUUGUCGCUGUUUGCUGUGAUUGGCCAGUGUGACACAGUUAUACUCUUUUGUGAUUUGCCCAUUAGUGGCUCUUGUCUGUUGUGAUUGGCUGGUGCUGAGAAGCUCUAUUGUGAUUGGUCAAGCAACCCAAAGCCUCUUAAAGAGACAUCACACCUUUGUAUCAAUCUUACCUGGCCCUCUUAAAGGGAUAGUUCACCCAAAAAUGAGAAAUUCCCUCAUUUACUCACUGUCUUGCCGUCUCAGUGGUGUAUGACUUACUUUCUUCUGCAGAACACAAACAAAGACUUUAAAACGAGUAAUUCAGCUCUGUAGGUCCAUACAAUGCUCUGCAGCAUAAAAGUGUGAGUAAAUAAUGACAGAAUUGUCAUUUUUGGGUGAACUUUCCCAUUAACAGCGGAGCACACUUUACCUUUAAAUUCACUAAAAGGUUGAUACGGAUGUUCCUGAUUUGAUUUGUUUUUGAAUCCCUGUACGUAUGAAUCUAAAUGAACUGUGCAUAUUGGUGUAUAGUUUGUGUCAGCAGUGUGCCUAAAUGUACUGUCUAUUAUAUUUUCUAAUGUUUCUUUAACAAAGGAAGUCAAUUUGAAUGUCACAGUCUUUUUAAUAGACUGAAAAAAGGACUCUAAAAAGGAGUAGAGUGUUUGCAUUAUGCUUCUAAAACAUUAAUUUUGAGCAGCUUAACUCAAUAUAACACUAAUAAAAUUAACUCCAACUCA